GGGUGUGGUCGCCGUCUUGUGUGGUGGAGCCAGCUAGCGGUUCGCGACCCGCAGCCGGGCGCCCAGCAGUAGCGCGGUGGUGGCGGCCGGGCUCCAGUUACUGUCCUAUGUCUUUCUGUCUGUCUUUCAUUUUUUUCUUUCUUUUUUUUUCUCUUCUCUCUCUCUCUCUCUCUCUCUCUCUCUCUCUCUCUCUCUCUCUCUCUCUCUCUUUGUUUGUUUCGUUUUGAGACAGGGUUUCUCUGUGUAGUUUUAGCUAUCCUGGAACUCCAUCUAUAGACCAAGCUGGUCUGGAAACCACAGAAAUCUGUCUGCUUCUGCCUGCUUUCAGAGUUCUGGGAUUAAAGCUCUUCACUUGAGACGCCUGAGGGAAACCACCAGGCAGGAUGAGCGAGCUGGAGCAGCUGAGGCAGGAGGCUGAACAGCUUCGGAAUCAGAUCCAGGAUGCUCGGAAGGCCUGCAAUGAUGCCACGCUGGUUCAGAUCACGUCUAAUAUGGACUCCGUGGGCCGAAUACAAAUGCGAACAAGGCGCACGCUGCGCGGCCACCUCGCUAAGAUCUACGCCAUGCACUGGGGAUAUGAUUCCAGGCUACUAGUCAGUGCUUCGCAAGAUGGAAAAUUAAUUAUUUGGGAUAGCUAUACGACAAAUAAGAUGCACGCCAUCCCUCUGAGGUCCUCCUGGGUGAUGACCUGUGCCUACGCCCCGUCCGGGAACUACGUUGCCUGUGGAGGCUUGGAUAACAUCUGCUCCAUAUACAACCUAAAGACCCGAGAGGGGAAUGUGCGGGUGAGCCGAGAAUUGCCAGGACACACGGGCUACUUGUCCUGCUGCCGAUUCUUAGAUGAUGGACAAAUCAUUACAAGUUCGGGAGACACGACUUGUGCUUUGUGGGACAUUGAGACCGGACAGCAGACUACGACCUUCACGGGACACUCGGGUGACGUGAUGAGCCUCUCACUGAGUCCUGACUUGAAGACCUUUGUGUCUGGUGCUUGUGAUGCAUCCUCAAAGCUGUGGGAUAUCCGAGAUGGGAUGUGUAGACAGUCUUUCACCGGACACAUCUCAGACAUCAACGCUGUCAGUUUCUUCCCGAGUGGAUAUGCCUUUGCCACUGGUUCUGAUGAUGCCACAUGCCGACUCUUUGACCUCCGUGCAGACCAGGAGCUCCUGCUAUACUCUCAUGACAAUAUCAUCUGUGGCAUUACUUCUGUGGCCUUCUCAAAGAGUGGGCGCCUCCUGUUAGCCGGCUAUGACGACUUCAACUGCAGUGUGUGGGACGCUCUGAAAGGAGGCCGGUCAGGUGUCCUUGCUGGUCAUGACAACCGUGUUAGCUGCUUAGGUGUGACUGAUGACGGCAUGGCUGUGGCCACUGGCUCCUGGGACAGUUUUCUUAGAAUCUGGAAUUGAGUGCCAUAUUUUCUGUUCUCCAAUGAUACCUGGAGAAAUCCGUGUUACAGCCUAUAGCUGUGAGGAAAAAAAAAAACCAACCCUCUACCUUCUAUUUGCAGAUGAAGUUUUUCUAUGGAGGUGACUAUAUAUAAAAAGCAGCGUUCAAUAAGCUGUAGUUUAUUGAAACUGUUGUGACAUAAAUGGUGGUCAGAGAAACAAUCAAGAUUAAGCUCCCUUUCUGUGGUCAAAGGCCAGGGUAUUCAUUGAGUGGUCGUCUUGACUUGAACAGAUUCUUGCUUGUGCUCAUUGUUUUUCUGUAGAUUAGAGUGCACACUUUAUAGCAGACAACCAUUUGUGUUUGCCAUUUUAAGGACUACCAUUGAACUUUGUAUAUAUAAGAAAUGCCACAUUUUUAAAGUGUUGUCAUGGAAAACAAGGAAGGGCCUGUGAUAGACAGAAGUGAUGCUGUAGAUUAUGUGCUGUCUGAAGGAGGUCCCCUUGGACUGUGACAUUGCAUUUUAAUCUGAAAGUCCCUGACUGCUUCGUGGUUAGGUGACUAAGAGGUGAGGUGGUCCUGAGGGACCCAGUGGCUGUUCAUGCAUUCUUUGCCAUGCUACGGAUUUAAGUGCUCAUUUUCAGUCCUUUGAGGGGACAGGUGAUAUGAAGGCCAGGGGUAAAGAUUUCACUUUGACAUAGGGUACACCCUGAAGAAAUGUCAUUACAGUCUAUUACAUUAGAAACCAGUAGACACUGGCACGUGAUUUUUUUUGGUAUUUUAAGAAGCUCAGCCAUUUGAACCAUUGGACCUUGCUGUUAAUUUUGCCUUCUGAAAUGAAGUUUGUAGAAAGUACUAGUAUUUGAGAAGUCUGACAAAAACCUGACUUGUCUCUGCAUCUGGAGACACUUGCCUGGUGUUCUCUGUAAUGGGAGGAAACAGUGUCUCACCUUCUAACAUUUGAGAAAUGUAAACUCAUCCAUUCAACUGGCACAAAUAUAUGUAUGAUUUAUAUGUCACACAUACAUAUGUGUGUGUGUGUGUAUAUAUAUACACACAUAUACACAUAUAUAUGAUGGCUUUGUGAAUUGUGUAAUGUAAAAUCUAUGUAAUGUAAAAACAGGUAUAAACUAUUUGUACCCUUGAACUUUUACUUUUCCAUUUUUGCGGUGCUGCCGAAAUCUAGGCCUUGUGCCCACUAGCCAAGUGCUGUACUUAGUACAGCCCUAGCUCCUCAGAUCCAAGCUUUCUGCUGCCCUGUAGUAUUGUUCUCCGUAGUAUGAUGUAGUCAAGGAGCUUACUACAAAGCUAGUCUAGAGUUGACCACUCCUAGAGCCUAAAACAUUGUUUCAAAGGGGCUCAGCUGGCAGCAAAGAUGUGCCAACUGUUCAGUAGUGUCUGUCACUGGGAUGUCCCGCCUCCUAACGGAACAGACAGCUCUCCUCUUCAGUUCUCUCCUGUAGAUUCAAAUGAUUGACAGUAACAGACUGUUAUGUCUUGCUGGUGCCGUCUCCUUGGGUUACUUGGAUGUAUACAAACACAUUGUAAAGCUGCUGUCUAGCAGUUUCUGUGUUAAAGUUGAUCACCUGUAACUGUAACCUUAAUACUUCCAAACUGAACCUGUGAGUUUUCAUCCUUGUACUGUGAAUGUGCCCAUGUACAUAACAGCUGUGAUCAGACCAGCAUCCCUUUUGUUUAUGAAAAUCAAUUGAUCUUAAUACAGUGGGAAGACCCUUCGCCCACACAGCUCUAGGGUCCGACCUGACCAGGGCAGAAAGGGAAUGAAAAACAGACACACACAGGAAAGCUGGGGUUGGGUAGACUGGACAUUGAUGGAGAAACCAGCACCCAGAAACUCAGAGUUUAUUCCAUGGAGAAGCACAAAGAGGCAGUGCUGUUGUAUACAGAUAAAAAAGGAGGAAACAUCCGAGGUAUACUGCUGGAUCAAGGAGACAGGUUUAGCCAAUCUCUUCAAGAGCAGUCCCCAUAUGUAGGGAAGCAAUCCUCAGGCUGUAAAUAUCAGGAUGGGGCUCAGGGAGCUAAGGUACACAUGUUCUACACAUACCAUCAACACUCAUGCUCAACCCAGGGGGACUCUGCCAUUCUCGUGGGUCUAAGGUAAGGGUCCGUGAUAGGGCAGUCACUCUGGAUGUCCUCUGCUCCCUACAGGAUAGAGGUGAACUGAGAUACAGUAUCGAAGAGAAACAGACCAUCGUGGCAGGUGUGAAUGUGUACCUUAAUCCUUAAUUUGCGGGACCCCUUUGCCCUUGUCUAUUGUGCACUAGGGAGUGCUCUCAAAUAGGGCACGAAAAGAAAACCUGACGGUGCUGAAUGAAGUCUAGCCUUCCUUGUACCUCUGCCCAGAAAGUUCUAUCGCUGGGUUGUAUCUGCUGCCUGCCCACCCCAGCCAAGAGCUGAGGCGCAUGAGAGGAUCCUGAGCAUCCCCAGAAGGGUGUGUCUGCUGUGUGGCUCAGAAUUCAUACUAAAACCUCGCUCAAAACUAAGGAAAAAAAAACCAUAACAAAAAACCUCGCUCAAAACAGCAUUUCUAUUAGGUAUAAAGGGGGCUUAAUGUGGGGUAGAGUGCUUGCAACGCAAGGCCCUGGGUUCAGUCCCUAGCUCUGUGUGUGUGUAUGUGUGUAUAGUCAUACUAAAAGAAUUCUAUGGUCCUAAAUAUUUUAAAAUGUUACUUACGGCUGGAGAGAUGGAUCAGCAGUUAAAAACAGGUGUCACUCUUGUAGAAGACCUGGAUUUGAGUCCCAGCAUCCACAUGGCAGCUCAAACUGUCUGUUGCUUCAGUCCCAGGAUAUCUGACUUCCUCACCCACAUACAUACAUGCAGGCAAAACAUCCAUACACUUAAAAUGUUUUAAAAGGGAGCUCCUUUGUUAAUAAAAGUUUGCAUGGAACAGAACUUGAAGGUUUCCCUUAAUAUGUAUCUGGAGAGAAACCAUGAUGACCGUGGCUAACUGCACACAGCGCCACUGCUGACAAGAAGUUGCUUUCUCAUGGUUGGUGUCUUUAGGGUUUCUCUGCAGUUCCUGCCGUGGUUAAAUACAUUGGCUUGCUGGAGAGUUCCUGAAAUUAGCCUGCAUAAUGUGCCUUAGCAGGUUGAUGCAUAACAUCAGACAAAAGUUGUCCUUCAGAUUGGCAAGAUUUGUAACAUUUUUGCUGUGACUCCUGCCCUGGCCUCUAGCUUGGUCUACAGGCAGAUGCCAGUGUGCCACUCUGCCAAGAAUACUGUAGUACUGUAAAGGCACAAGUUCUCUCCUAAAGCAAUGUGACCACCAUUUGGUUGAGUAAACACCCCAAAAUGCUGCUCAGCAAAGACAUCACUAUCUCCCUUAAGAUGAACAAGCUUCAUUUUGGCAGCUGUGAUAGAUCCCAGGUCCCUUUCUAGCAAACACUUUAAGUCAUGACACACAUGUACUGUAUUACAAACUCAUGAAAGCAAAGUGUUGGGGCCUGUCACUUCAAGAGCAAAAGUCUAAAGUGGCUGUCAUUUAGUAGCACAGUGUUUCUGGAAUGCUAAAGAAUUUUAACCUAUUAAAGGAGAAAUGAAGAUAGGUGUGGCAAUGCAUGCUUGUUAUCCUUCACCUGGGAGGCUAACACAGUGCAGAGCUGAGGCCAGCUCGUCAAGGCUAUCAGAUGGGAACUUUAUCCCAGAGGCUGAGUAGUCAAGUCUGCUUAGUGUUAUUACACAGGACCUGAGUUUAGUUCCCAUUUCAGGUGGCUAACAACUGCCUUUAACUUCAAGGGAUCCAAAGCCCUCCUCAGGCACCUGUACCCACAUAGUUUAAAAAGAAUCCUUUUCUUUUAAAAGGAAAAAAACCCUUUAUUUUAAUAAAAAGUAAUUUUAUUGCUGAAAGUACUCUCUAAUCUUGUUGCUGUUUUAAACUUAGUAGUAAAACUUAAGACAUCAUUUCAGAAGUGAAACCAUCCAGGGAAAUUAUCUGGAUAUGAACGUCUUAGAUUUUGAACUGCAAUGUGCUUUGUUACUGACUAGCUUAGGAAAAGCUGAAUAUGCAAUCCCCCAGAUAGGCCUGCCUGUCAUCAUUUCAUAGGGAACAUACUUUUAGAAUCUGCACAUCACACGAGGCUUGUACAAAUACUUACAUACUGUGUUCGGGUGCUGAUUCUCUGGCCACUGUGGAAAGCAUACUGUUGUAAAAUGACAUCUUAGCCAGUUAGAAAUGUAAAAGCCACCCACCGGGGAGUGUCCUUUAUAGGGAGACUGUCUUAAAUUAGACUGGAAAGUGAAGCACACAGCAGACUCACUUCUGCUUCUCAUUUGUUACAACAGGUACUCAACAGAUGUCUACCCCCAAACUAAAUAGCUGGUUUUGUAAAGCAGGUGUAACAAUGUAGCAUUAUGAGAAAAAUACUUGUUUCAACUAGUAUGAAAUGUAUCCAACAGACUCUUCCAUAGCAACUGGGCGUAACUAGGACUUCCGUGGUUCAGCAGCAGGGUGUCCCGUCCUUUUCUGUCUUUAUGCAAUUGUGCUCUUGAGUAUCCUUGUCUCGCUGAAGGCACUGAUAGCCCACACCUCAAGUGUGCCUUUAAGCCUGACUGAGUAUUUCUCUAUGAGGUAUCUUGGAGGCAUUUUUCUCCUCCUAAAAUAAGUUCCAACACAUGAAGCCAACUGACUGAAUGCCAGCCAUGCCUAAAGCUUAACUAUAGAAGCUGGGGACUUAUGCCAUGGUUCACAGUAUUCUGAGGCAUGACAGGUACACCCCUCUAUCUGUACAGUUGCUUGUGAAAUACUGUUGCAGCAAGCUCAUACUGUAAUCAAUAAAGUGCUUUUCACCAUGGCUCACUGUACCUUGUUUUAAGUCAAAUUUUAGUAAGAUUUAAAAAGUUAUGCCCUGGAACUAAACUCAGGUUCAGUACUUUAAUGGUCAGCUCUGCUUCCUGUGUUUAAAUACUGAUCUUCCUUCUCUUCUUCCUCCUGCUCCUCCUCCUUUUCCUCCCCCUUCAUAAAAAGGGGCAGUAAGGGAGAGAUUGAGUAUUAUUGAUCCAAAGCUAGCUUUUACUUUAUUGUUAAAGGGUACAGAUUUCUCAUUUAUAAGUAAACCAUCCCUGUGGGGCACGAGAGCCAGGUUUAUAAUCUAGUACUUGGGAGACUGAGAGAAGCAGGAGGAUCCCAAGUUUGAGGCUAGCUUUGCCUCCAUGAGAAGACCCUGCCUCAAAAGAAACACCCUUCUCCUGUAGCUCCCUUAGCGAUAUAUUCUUAAAAGUCAAAAGUCUUAAAAAUACCAUAGAUUUUAAUUUUUUUUAAAUAUCCAUUUUUUCUUAGAUUUAUUUAUUUUAUGUGAGUACACUGUAGCUGUCUUCAGACACACCAGAAGAGGGCAUUGGAUCCCAUUACAGAUAGUUGUGAGUCACCAUGUGGUUGCUGGGAAUUAAACUCAGGACCUCUGGAAGAGCAGCCAGUGCUCUUAACCUCUGAGCCAUUUCUCCAGCCCAAUCACAUAAGAUUUUUAAAUACUUGUAUUUAUUAUCACAUUGCAGUUUUAAGAUUAACAAUUAAGAUUUUAAGUUUGUAUUCCAGGUCGAGCCCACCCUGAUCUACAGAGCAAGUUCCAGGAUGGCCAGGGAUACACAGAGAACCCUGUCUUGAAAAUAAACCAAAGGUAGAGGAUGUUUGUAUUAGUUCUGUUUAGGGAAUCCUCCUGGCUCAGUGCUUAUCAGCUGCACAACUACCAUGGAAGACUUCUCAAACUGUGCUCCUGACAGUGGUGAGCCAGGCAUCUCACACUUUCUGUGACUGGGCAAAGGCACUAUUAUACAGUGUAUGUACAAUAGUACUACAGCACAGUGACAGGACCUCAUGUGAGAGCUUACACGACUACCAUGAAAAUAUCUGAAGGGAGUGGAAAACAGUCACUAACUGAGAUAAAUGCUAUAUUUACCAACUAAUAGGCGGAUAGGUUUAUUUUCAUCUUGCAAGCUUGCAUACUUAUAAAAAUGUUUUGUAAAAAGUUUAAGAUCAUACAAAGUUUAUAAAUACUGUAAACAUACACAGUAAAUCAUCAAGUAUGUGUGUAGCAACUAAUCAGUAACCGUCAUGAUUACAGUCUGUAAUGCACGAGCCUACCAGUGGCAGGCGCACUCUUGUCUGGUAAAAGAGCUAGUGUCUGCAUUUCAACACUCCAUGCUCAACACCCGUAACUUCUGAACUUCAUCAGCUGGCUCUACAUUCUUAAUCAGUGAGGAAAGCAUUCUGGACUACAGAUACUGGCUUGCAGACUUCAGAGUACACUGGGACAGACUUGAAGCUUGCUGCAGACCCCAAACUUGAUUCAUACCUUGUUGAGAAUCUACACCUUACAAAUCUUUACAAGUUUAAAAAUAAUGUUGACAAUCCCGGGAGCAAACCCAGAGAACCAAGCUGUAGCUGGCUAAUUAUGUGCUCCAAGUAACUGUGUAACCUAGGUUAGCAGACCUCAAUUCUAGAUACUACUUUUUCAUGUACUAUUCACCCAGUCCCACUUGGUUGCCUGUACCAUUUGGGGGACUAAAAAUCAGCAAUAAAAGCAAAAGGUAGUCACAUGGA